GGAGACUGCGCUGAUAGCUUUGAAAGACCCCACGCCCUGCUCCUCUCAGCCGGAUCAGAGGAUGGAUGGAAACUUAUGUCCGUUUGUGAUCCUGUCUGCAGUCCUGAUGUAUAAUGACUUUCUGCUCUCCUCAGCUGCCUUCCUGGAGCCUUUUGACCUGUUAUAUGAUAACGCCGUCCAGGCUUUCCACAGCAGCGACCACCAGAGCGUGGUGCGCUACAUGGAGGCAGCGCUCAGCAGCAACAGAGAAGCGCGGCGCACCAGGGUCCGCUGCCGGCUGAAGUGCCAGGACCAGCACUCGUUUGAUGAAACCUUCUCAGACCUGCGCUUCUUUGACGUGGUUCUGCGCCGGGCUGCCUGCAUGAAUGCAUGCAUUGAGGCCAAACUGGGCACCCAGUCUAUGCAUAAGGUCAGCGAUGAGGUCAUACAAGACUUCAACAGGAGGAUUCCCUAUAACUAUCUCCAGCUGGCUUAUCAGAAGCUGAAGAUGCCUGAAAAGGCGGCGGCAGCGGCUCAUACCUACUUCCAGGCCAAUCCGGAACAUGUGGAGAUGGGCCAAAACCUUGAACAGUAUAAAACUCAGCAGGGUGUAGAAGAAAACCACUUUGUGGACCAGGAAGCACGCCCCCACCAGCAAUUAUUUAUGAGGGCAGUAAAGUUUUACGACAAACGCGACUAUGAAGAAGCUGUGACUCUGUUUGAGGAUGCUUUGGUGGAAUACUACAGAGCUGAUGUGGAGUGUCGGGCCCUGUGCCAGGGUCCACAAAAGUUUGAGGGCCACGAUCACCUACGCUACCGUUACAGCCUACAUGAAGUCGUGUCAGAUCACUUCACUCAGGUGUUGCACUGCGAGCACGAGUGUGUCCGAGACCUGGCUACCCGUCCAGGCCGCCUUUCUCCCAUGGAGAACUACCUGCCUCUUCAUUAUGAUUACCUUCAGUUUGCCUAUUUUAAAGUCAACAGGCUGGAGGGGGCGCUCCAGUGCGCUCUGACCUACCUCUUGUUUCACAAGGGAGAUGAAUUCAUGACGGACAAUGUGGAAUUCUACAGAGAAAUCCUGGGACACGACGGCCAUCCACGAGAGGAAGCAAAACGAUACCUUACGAGACACCAACUGGAAUUGGAUCUCCUUGUCAUGGGAAGCAAGAUAAUGGGUGUUGACUUCUCUGAAGGGAAUUACUGGAGUACCACAGGAGGAAGAGAUGAUUCCAACAGGAUUCCCUCUGGCACAGAUGGUUGGAUAGAGUACGUUCCCAUCACAGAGAAGAAAAAUAUCACUGUCAUUGUUUCACAGCAGCUUAAAGAGGGUGGCCCCUUGCUAUACGACAGUGUGGAGCUGGUGCAGAACUCUCUGGAUUUAAACGGCACACAGCGGGUCCUCCUCGAUCAUGUUAUAUCUGAGGAGGAAUGUGCAGAGCUCAGAAACCUGGCACAUGCUGUGACCAUGGCAGGAGAUGGUUAUAGAGGGAGGAUGUCCCCACACACUCCCAACGAGAAGUUUGAAGGAGCCACUGUACUGAAAACCCUGCAGUAUGGCUUUGAGGGCAGGGUGCCCAUGAGCAGCGCUCGGCUCUUCUAUGAUACCAGUGAGCGAGUUAGACGGAUCGUGGAGUCCUACUUCAUGCUGAACACUACACUGCACUUCUCCUUCACACACCUUGUGUGUCGGACGGCCAUUACAGGCCAACAAGAACACAGAAAUGACCUGAGCCAUCCCAUCCACGCUGACAACUGUCUGCUCGAUCCAGACGCCAAUGAGUGUUGGAAAGAACCCCCUGCAUACACAUACAGAGACUACAGUGCACUGCUAUAUCUAAAUGGAGAUUUUGAAGGAGGGGAGUUUAUAUUCACAGAAAUGGAUGCCAAAACAGUCACGGCAUCCAUAAAACCAAAGUGUGGUCGGCUGGUGGGUUUCUCAUCAGGAGGAGAGAAUCCACAUGGUGUGAAAGCUGUCACCGGUGGGCAGAGGUGUGCUGUGGCUCUAUGGUUCACCUUGGAUCCGCUCUACAGAGAACUGGAAAGACUGCAGGCAGACGAGGUGAUCCAGGCUUUGGAAACACAGUCCAUUUGGGGUCAGGGCCUCAACAUCAACCCUAAAGAUGAACUGUAGCGACAGUCUAAAGAAACUCUGUCGCGUCCUCCAUGUGUUCUUUAAUGAAACUUUUCAGUAUAUAUUUGUACUAUUUAUUGAUUGAAAUUUGUUUCUGAACAUUUCUAUUUUUGUACUGUGCUAUACUAAAGUGCAAAGUUAAUAAUAUUAGUAUUGUAUUGUGUUGUUUACCUAUUGGUCCUUUAUUUUUCCAGCACAAUUGUACUAUUUAGUUUAUUUCUGCUGUGAACUGUGAAGUUAAUGGUUUUCUAUUUUGAGUUGGUAUUUUUUUUUAUAAUUUUAAGUCCAAAUAUCUUACAGCAU